ACAGCAAAAGCGGGAAGUUCUCAAGAGCAGGGGUACGGGAGUACACGACCUGAAGACAGGCCAGGACGAGAAGAGCGAAGAGAGGAGGAGGAAGAGGAUAUAUUGAGAGGAGAACAACUGAACAGAGAAGCUGAUACAGCCAGCUAGCUCGUGAGUGAGAGAGUGAGUGAGAAGGAAAGACCAAGGUCUCGUCAAGGCAGGGGGUACAAGUUUGCAGGAAAGCCCAAGUAAAGAAGGAAAGGAAACAACACCAGUGAUCACCUGGGACAGCGAAAUGCUGGAGCUCUCGUUAUCAAGAGGAGGGAAGUGGGAUGCAGAGCCGUCUGAAGAUGAAUCUGUCGAUCUCAUCACGACCUUGGAGCGACCGUCGUUCGACCUUCUCGACUACAUCAACUGGUGCCGGUUUUUUGGCGCCAACGAAGUCCCCAUGGUCACCACGACAGUGGACCGAGACCUGCAGGCAUCCAUAGGCGAGAGCGACGAGCAGCAGGGAAGUAAGCAGGGCAAGAAGGAUCCGCUGCAAAGAUCAAUCUCUUGCUCGUCAAUGAUCUCCACACAGGAAGCAACGACAGCAAACAAAUAGAUGCAUAAAUACUUUUGCGAGAGAUGGAUUUUGUUCAGACUUGUACUCCCUUCCCUCAUCUCUCGUGUGCUUGGUGUGUUGGCUGUAAUGUUUUGUUAGAGUAGAGUAAUGCUAGUAAAAGCUGGAUUUUGA